AUGAGACCUACGAUUACCCAGCCGACUGCGAGCUCCCCAGCGACCAGCCCUUUCGACUACCAAUCCCUUGCCCUGGCGCUCUAUCAGGAGUACAUCGAGCUCGACCUCUUCCACCGGGCCUCGCCACAUUCUCUGGCGAAGAAUUCAAGGAGCUCGGCCUGGGCGGCCGGGGACCGCUAUCUCCUCCAGUUCAUGGCCGAGCAAGAGAUCGGCCACGCCACGGUCAUCACAAACAUGCUCGGCGCUGAGGCGCCCUGGCAGGGCGAACUAACCCCUCCCCAGCCUCCGCGAGUACAUGACUUCAACCAGAAGCUGCUGAUUUAUAGCCCUAGGAAGGCUUGA